AUGAAAGAGAACCACGAGCAGAAAUCCUGCACACAAUUAUCCUUAGUUAAGUUCAACCUCGCCUUCUGCUCUCGAGUGCUGAGCGUGAGAGAGUACUGCCUGUACCUUCAAGAAGCCUUUCCUCCUCUACAUCGAAGAUCAGGGACAACGACUGGACAACUUUCUCCCU